UAAAAUGAGCCAGUCCGUUAAUGUCCUAUGAAGUACUACAUGUGAAGACAGAGAGAUCUUCGUAUAAUCACUAAAACUAACAAAGGACUUGAGCACUUCCGGUUCGCUGGCUAUUCAGACGAGCUCUGAAAAAGCGUUGUUCGUGCAACGAAAUAAAGAAAAGAAGAAGAAUAAACAGAACGACUGGAAUCGUCGCCAGAAAAUGAUUUGUAUUUUAUCUAUAUUAUUGUGGAUUUAUACACCGUUAUCGUCCGCUGCUCCUAAGUCUGCGUUUGAAAGAAUUGAAGUAGUCAACUCUAGAUAUGCUAAAUAUAAAGAUUCAGGUAGAUUUUAUCAAAUUGAUAUGAAGAUCCCAUGGCAUAAGCCAGUCAGCUCAGGCCAACUAAAUGUACAAAAUGCUGCAAUAAGAAAAAAUGAAAAUAACCUAUGGCCAAAUGGCAUCAUUCCCUACAAGCUGGCGUAUAGUAUUAGAAAAAAUCCAUAUACUUACAGAGUUCUUAUGGGCGCAAUGAAAGAAUGGGAGAAUCAAACGUGCAUUAAAUUUGUGGAAAGAACAACUCAAUCAGACUAUGUGGAAUUUUACUACGGUGACGGGUGUAAUUCCGAUGUUGGUCGUGUCGGAGGUCGACAAACGACAUCACUGGGUCGAGGUUGUGCUCAUCACGGGAUUGUUGUACAUGAGCUUGGUCAUAUUAUUGGAUUCUGGCACGAACAAAACAGACCUGAUAGAGAUAGCCAUGUAGAAAUCCUGUGGGAUAAUAUUGUACCAAAUUUUCAGUUUGCAUUCACUAAAUACAGCCGAAAGAAAAUCAACAGUCUUAACGUUCCUUAUGACUAUUACUCCGUGAUGCAUUAUGGAUCCAAAGCGUUCAGCAAGAAUCAAAAGCUAUUAACCAUUCGCUCGUUAAAGCGAGGAAUCACUGAGUUUGGUAACACGCAUAUCAGCAAACUCGAUGCUAAGCAAGCGAACCAGCUGUAUGGAUGUCCAGACUACCCGAAGUUUCCUGGGGAGUUUUCCUGGAAAACCAAUGGCGUCACCGAUGGAGACACAUCGUGUCUAAAAAUAGAUGAGCCCAAAGAUCCUCAUGAUUGGCAGAACAACUUUCUUUGCUACAGGAACGACCGCAAAUCCUUGAAUUUAAAAUGGUCUCACGAAGGACCAUUGAGAGGCAUGGAAUGUAUUCAUAUCAAGGCUAAUGGGGCACAGCGGUAUUGGAAUGAUAACUGUUUAUGCUGGCCGCACAAAAGUGGUUAUAAGUUCAAGUGGAUAGUUGGCAUACCUUCCUCUUUAGAGAAGAAGAACUGUUUGAAUAUCACAGAACCAAAUGAUCCUGUGUGGAGUACAAAUCAAUAUCAUUUGUGUCAGCACCUUGAAGAAACGCCCAUAGAUGGUCAGUGGGGAGAUUGGGGACCAUGGUCUCCAUGUACUAGGCAUUGCGGUGGUGGUAUUCGUAAACGUACACGAAYGUGUAGUAAUCCACCUCCAGCUUUUGGAGGGCAGUACUGCCGAGGACAGUCACAGGAACAGGGACGCUGCAACGUACGUCAAUGUGAAGACUGGCCUUCUUUUCCAUCCGAUUUCAUCUAUGCUUACCACCGAUAUCCGCCUCCAAAUCAGUUAUGCAUUAGGACUUAUGAGCGUCUGGACUAUUUUACCUGGAAUAACUAUCUGCUUUGCACACCAAGCAGCAAACGAGAUCUUGAAUUGUAUUGGUCCGAUAGAGGAAAACUUCAUGGGAAGAUCUGCACCCGUAUUUAUGCACCGGAAGAAGCCAAAAGAAUCGUUGGAUCAUGGGAUAAUAACUAUUUAUGCAUGGCAAAUAACAAUGCUCCAUACAGGUUCAGGUUUUCUGCUUCUGGACCCAUUAAAGACCUGGAAUGUAUGAGAUGGUAUGCUAAAGGAGGAAGAGAUGGCUGGAACAAAACUUAUUUAUGUGCAGAAAAAAUGUUCACUUCAUCUGCAGAAGUAUUAAUAAAUGGAGGAUGGUCGGCUUGGUCAGGAUGGUCGGCUUGCAGCAAGACUUGUGGUGGAGGGAUUCAGAGAAGAACACGAUCUUGCACUAAUCCUGCCCCUAUCAAUGGAGGAAAUAAUUGCCAGGGACAAACCUUGGAUGAGCAGGGCUGUAACAUUAAAAGCUGUCCAAAGUCGUGUGGCGGUAAGCUUGUGGCUGAUGGAGGACGAUUCACUUCUCCUGAUUUCCCAAAUAAUUACCCAGACAACAGUGACUGCGUUUGGAUCAUCAAAGUACCCCAGCGAAAGAUCAUUUCACUUCAGUUUCACUACUUGGACAUCGAAGGACCUUCGUGCAUUUACGAUUACCUGGCCAUACGUGACGGUCCCAGUGAAAAAUAUCCCCGACUUGGUAAAUUUUGCGGAUCACGAAUGCUACGAGGUUCUACAGCAAAUGUUAAAUCGACGGGGAAUUACCUAUGGAUCCGAUUCAAAAGUGACGAUCGCAUCAGUCAAAAAGGCUUCGACAUAUCGUGGACAUCAAAACCAGAUCCAUUAAUCAACAGAAGUCAGCAAAGAGUCAGAUGUGGAGGUUUCGUAAACAAAAUGAAAGGAUCUAUUACAAGUCCAGAGUUUCCAGCAGCCUAUCCACAUAACAUUGAGUGUACCUGGGUGAUCAAAGGUUCUCCUGGGAAACGGCUGCUUGUCUGGUUUGAUCAUUUUUAUAUCGAUAAUACCAAACAAUGUCAUGGAGACUAUGUAGAGAUUAGAGAUGGCGAAUCAAGCGAAUCGCCGAUAAUGGGAAAGUAUUGUGGCACCAAAGCACCAGCACCCUUUAAAAGUAAUUCCAACAGUAUCAGAAUCAAGCUGAUCACAGAUUCAUCGCGUCAUCACCGAGGCUUUAGAGUGAGAUGGCGAAGUGUUGGCAAAACGCGUGUCAAGCCAACAACGCCAGCACCAUCAAGUACAUGUCCUGCUGGGUGGGUGUCUCGACGAUUUAGUGAUAACCAAGUUUACUGUUAUCUGGUAAGGAAACGAUACCACACAUGGUUCAGAGCGAGGCAAGAAUGCAAGAAUCUUAAUGCCGAUCUAUUAAGCGUCUCAAGUAAAGAAGAAGAAAACUUUAUAAUCAAUGAUCUAAAUCGUAAUUUUAAACUUGGAGAGUCGUUUAUGUGGCUGGGGCUGAACGACCAUCUUAGAGAAGGACAAUGGGCUUGGAGUGAUAGAACGCCUAGUAAUUAUAACAACUGGGCGCCCGGUGAUCCAAAUGACGGAGGAUAUUUAAAGAACGAAGACUGUGGUGUUUUAAAGGCCGAUGGACAAUGGAAUGAUUACCCAUGUAAUUCAAGGUUUCGAUAUAUAUGUAAAGCCAAAUCACAGAACUCGUAAAGACAAAUAAUACAAGGAACACAAUGUACAGAAGAUUUUUAUUAUGUCAGUCCAGCAUUGAUACCAACAUGCAGUAGAGUCAUGAGCUUCUAACAUUCUGACUGUUGAAAAAUUUCAUUAUGUCAGGUGCAUUAUGGGUAAUUUCGCGUGAUUUUUGCUCUUUUCCUGUUAAAUAAUAUAUCCAAUCAAUCACUAUUAUGCUUUUAUAGCGUUAUUCAAACAUAUUCUGUAUUUUAAUUGAAUUGAAUUUUUGAUUUUUAAAUUUUCACUGCCCCAUAAACUGAUGUAUUGAUAUAGACGAUAUCCUAAUUGAAAAAUGUUGUCAGAUUCCAGAAGGUUACGUCAUGAAAGCUAAAAACAAAAGAGAGCCUGAAAAAACAAAUACUGAUUAAUAAUAUAACAGUGUCAAAUUGGCUAAUAUUAUUCAAAUUGGUAAAUAAUUAAAUUCGCCUCCGACGACGAUAUCUCCAUUUUCCGACCUGACAACAUUAAUUCAAUUAAACAUAUCCYAGCGGUCAGAAGUUCUUAAAAUGACUGUAUAUACAGCUUACACAUGUAUACAUGUAUGCACUGCCUCGAACUUCAUUUGUAAAUUCAACUCAAACAAAAGCUAUAUAUAGAUGAAUUAUUGAAGAUAUCGCACACAAAAUAUUGUAUUAAAUAAACCACAAAUAAAUUAUAAAUAGAUUAUAGAAUAGGGUAUUGCGAAAUCACAUGAAAGCAUCGUCAGUGGAUAACAAAAAUCAUAAUUUCCAAUAUUCUCGUCGCAUUAUAUAUUUUCUCUUUUAAAUGUCAACGUUUCAUCAUGUUAUCCAACUUAGAUGCUUUCACUUGAUAUAAAAUAACUAUUGCAGUUUUAAUUAUUGAUAUUAAUAAUAAUAAUAAAAUCUAUUCGUAGAUAGAUCUAUUUACAAUCCAAUGGUUUUUUUAUGAUCACAGGUUAUUUACAAUAAAACUUGAAA